AUGCGGGUGAACACGGGGCUCAUCUACACCAAAGUGGAGCAAGGACUCACUCUGAUUUGCGGGUGGAAUUCCAAGUGGCAGAAGUGCAGGGACAUGGCAGAAGGUAUCACGUUGCAAGAGGCGGCGGCCGAGUGGUGCGCGCCCAUCCUCACUAGCGUCGGAGUGACGGCCCCGUGUCAUGGAUUUAACUUGGCCUACAUCUUUGGCUUGAUCUGCGCCAUGGCAAUAGUCUUGAACUUCAUUCUUCUUGGUGCCGGCAUCGGAAUGCUCCUCCAGUACUUCAAUAGCUCGAAGCACAAGCCCGAGUACCGCCAGUGGGCUUUCUACCUUCAUUCCAUCGCCACGGGCAUUCUCUUCCUGGCCUUUCUUGCCUGGAGCUUCCUCGCCUUGCCAGCGAUGGAGCACAUUGGGAGCUCCAACAGUCUGGCUAGCUCGGGAGUUGGAGUGAGCUACGGAUACUGUUUGAUGAUCGCGGGCAUCUUGUUUCAGUCGCUGGCCGCUGUGAUGUUUUCCUUCAUGCCGCUGGGGGAUGAGAUGACGGAGGACGAGCGCAUGCUCCAGAAGUUCGCCAAAGAGCAGGCAUCGCCACGUCUGCUUGGGAGCCUUUGA